AUGGAUGAAUACACACCUGAUUUUAAUGAUCCAAAAGAUUUUUAUGCCAUUCUUGGAUUAAAAAAUAAAUCAAAUGAAGAAGAUAUUAAAAAAGCAUAUCGUAAAUUAGCAUUACAAUAUCAUCCUGAUAAAUCUAAAGAAGAAGAUGCAGCUGAAAAAUUUCAAAAAAUUACUGAUGCAUAUAAUUUUUUAUCAAAUUAUAGAAAUAAAAGAGUUUAUGAUUUAUUUGGAUAUACUAUUUUUGAAUAUAAAGAAUUAAUUUGUCAAAUAUCAUUAUGUUUAAAUUGUAUUUCAUGUUGUUCAAUUCCAUUAUUAAUAAUAAUAGUAGGAUUAUUUGAUGUUUGGAUUAUAAUGUUUUUAAUUAGAUUAGAUGUUCCUAAAACAUGGUAUUUUGCAUAUAUUGAAAUACCAAUAUAUAUUUAUAUUUUAUUACCUAUUUUAACAUCUUUAUUUGUAGAAGGAUUUUUAAAUAAAAUUCUUUCAUUUAUAAAAUGGGUAAGUUUUUUAUAA